AUGCACGGCCACGGCAAUCGACCCCACCUGUGCCGUUUUCCCGACUGUGAGCGAGGUGAUUACGGCUUCCCCCGCCGCUACAAUCCCAUCGAUUAUAUGAAACGGGUCCACGAUUACAAGCCGGAGGCCCAGAAGAAGCGGAAGGCCCAGAAGAAGCGGAAGGCGACCGCCGAUAAAAAUUCGGGCCUCAUCCUUUGCCACGAGCAAAACGCCUCAAUGAACGGGGACAGCUCCACAGAUGCUCCUAAGAGCUUCUACGCAUACAAGGACACCUUCGGUAAUAACACUGUCUGGCUCGAUAUUCCCAAGAAUGUGUCAUUCAUCAACACGACCAAUCCGUAUCUAGAUCCCCCCAGCCCAGAGCUAAGGACAUUGCCUGUUACGUCGCGGUCGCCACGCUCCAACACACUUGACAACGCCAGCACGCCCUCCAGCACCGGGCCCGAGGUCCAUACCUAUGCGACCAACGGCGCGUCCUUACGCUUCACUCCAGAAACAGAUCCGGCUCCUUGCUAUGAACGACCACCGAUGAUCUCACAGCCGACAUCGUCAAUGACACCGCCUCCCAUCGACCCCCGGAUUCCGUCGCCAUCUGAUCCCGGCCAGAUACCCCACCUGAGCUCAAUCGCUGCCAGCCAACGGUCGCCAUCCCAUACUGGCACGGAGACCGCGGUCGAACGGGAUCACGAGAUUGCAUAUCUCCUACGGUGGUUUUCUGAACGCACUGGCCACUGGAUAGAUCUCUUUGAUCUAAAUAGGUACUUUUCUUCCUACGUACCAGUUAAAGCGCGAGACAAUCCCCUCUUAAAGUACGCCGCGGUCGCCUACUCUGCCAAAGCCCUAACACGUGUGCAAGGGCGGAAGCCCGUCACGACGCGCCAGGCUCGGAUGGAGCCCUACCCAGGCUCUCACGCUUUGAAGGCUGAUUCGACCAUUAUGCCAGAACCAGAUUCUAAAAGCGGUCUAUUACACGGGGAUACUAGUCCCCUUCGCAAACAGCGCCAUAAGCUGCUCGCGGCUUUAGCGAUCCUCUGCAUAUACGAGUUUCUGGACGUCUCUAUGGCAGAGUGGUUUAAGCAUUUGAACGGCGCGGAGUCUCUUCUUGUACAGAUACAAACACCCCCUCCAACAAUCAACUCCGCUAAUCUUGGGUUUAUCUCUAGAGCACGUCGCGCGAUAUUCUGGAACAUAGCCCGGCAGGAUAUGCUGGCAGCGUUCAUCACUAAGAGUCGAACCCCUAGCCUUCUUAUCGACGAGCAUGGAUACAUUGUCCCUAGCAACACAACUAAAACCGGCUAUCUAGAGGGCGACAUUAUUAUAAAAGAGGACCUUAUCUGCAAUGCACUUGUGUGGCUCAUGUCGAAGCUCGUCAACUUCAUGGCCGCCGGUGAGGACCCUCCGUGCGCCAGAAUCGACUCUACUCGCAUCCCUGGGAACGAUAUCGGCUUUCCUAAGAUUUGGUACAGCAUUCCUAUGUGCGCGUUAACUAUGCAAUACUACUACAUGAGCAAGAUUUAG